GCAUGUUUGUUUACGGCUGUUACUUAGCAACAGAUGUGGGUAACAUGUGUUUCUAUUUGUCCCUCCGGCCUCAAGUUCGAUUCGCCGGGCCAAAACCGGUGUUUCCUCAAUGUCAAGGUUAGUUUUUGUGUUUUCGCCCUAUGCCGGGAAUCGCUCUAUGAAAUUUUCAGGACGAGAUCGAUUACGAGUUGUAGCUCCAGUAUACUUUGUUAAUGAUAGCGUAUACCGGCGUUUCCAUUUUUUUGCGAGGAAUGAGUCGUGUCGCCGUUCAAAAAUCAUGGAGCUCGAAUGUUUUGGCUGAUGUUAGACUGGACACAUAGGAGCAAUUUGGCAAUGCCAGGAGGUGCUUACUACAUUUUUCCAUGGUCCUGCAUAAUUGACGAAGAGCCUCAAAAGCUUUGAAGGGAACCGCUCUCAGAUCCGCAUCUCGCCACCGGCGUCACCCAUAAUGUGCUCACUUCUGUUAUUCGGUGUUAAACACCGAUAUACCGGCUCCAAAGCGAAGUGACCUACGGAUCCGAUGGCUAUAUUGGACGGAUCCAUCUACUUUAUCGUCUUACUGAGUGGUACGUUUGCCUCGAUGUUUGACAGCAUAAACGCUCCGAACUCUCUCAGCUGCAGUUCGGCCGACAUGCACAGCCAGCCAUGGCUCAGUUUCCUCUGUGUAUCCUCAUCAAACUCACCGUUCAUCGGUGAGUACUACCCGGAGGCAACAUCCAACAAAACAGCACCGCAACCCCAACAAUCAGCAUUCCUUUUCGCGCGCGAUCAGCCGCGCCAUACCAAAACACGAGCUACAUUCCUUCUCCGAACGGAUCACAGCACGAUCCCGCUGAAACUGCCCCGGGCAAUGCUGCAGCCUGGUGUUUGCGGCCGGAAGGCACCCGUCUUUUUCGAAAACCGUCAUGUGGUUUGUUCCCGGAUGAUCCCGCGGGACUUUCGCGCUCUGUCGGCGUUCCGGGAGCACUUCAGCCUUUCGCGUUACAUACCCUCCGGCCUGGUCUCGAUGGCCUAUUCCGUUCCGCGGCGAAUGGAGCCCGAAGAUGAGGAGUCCCGCUUGACCGCGGUUCUCCCGUCCACCGUCAGAGUGCGCUGCUUCCGUAAAUUUCUCGAGCACGCGCGGGAAGCCCGAAAAGCGGGAAGUUCGAACGAGACGUUCGGCUGCGACGAGAAUUUGAAGCAUUUUGACGUUGAUUUGGUGACUUUGGACAAUGCAACGGUUUACAGGAACGUCCUCGUGGGCUUGGAGUUCAAUUUUUCGUGGAAUGAAACGGCUGUCGAAAGUGUUGAAAUUCGAGCUGAUUUGAUUAACGUGCGAGAAGAAGAACUCGGGUUGUUUUGUCAGCGGAUUGUACCACCGAAUGGCGAAUCUAAGUGCGAUCAAGUCUUCAUCAAACAAAAAUUUGAUGUUCGGUUCUGGCCGGAGGGCAGAGGAUAUUUCAGGCACCGCUUGGAUACAUCUAGAGGCUACCUACAGGGUGACGUCGUAAAAAUCGUCCAACCACCGUCCGAAGAUUUGGAAAUUAACUUUCAAGAUGCCAUCCCAUGGGUCUUCGGUUUUGGUGCAGCGAAUGUUUCGUCUCUCAUCCAGUCAUCGCAAGAGGCUUAUGGUCAAUGCCGGGACGAAACUUCUGUCAAGAUGGGCGUUGGUGUUACCUCAUUCUGCUCAAUUCCGAUACCGGAUGAAUUCAAAGGAGCCUGCGACUCCCUUGAGGAUGUUUUGACCGAGACGGUUGAAAUUCUUAUCGGUGGACCUUCAUUCCUCUCAAUUGACGGCCUGAGCAACAAUGAAACUAAUUACAUUCCCAUUUUCAGGUUGGACUCGCUGAAUGGGACUGAUGAUCAAAAUAAUUUGACCGCUGAAGAAAGCAACUGUAUCAAUCUCCCCGCUGGUCUGAAAUAUAUUGUGCUCACAGAUCGAACGUUUAUUGUUGGAGCAGCUUAUAGAUUACUUCGGAAAAAUGUGGCUGUGGAUUCCUCUUCUGUGACACUGCAAUUGUCUAUCGACUUCAGUGACGUUUUGAGCGAGUAUAGAAACAUUUCCAGGUUUUGGAUUCUUCAACAAGAAAACGUUCCUCGCCGGACUGCCUGGAAAAAUAUCCUUGAUGGUUUCGAAACAAUUGACGAACUCCUAGUUUUCUUUGUUUUGAUCGUGAUCCUAGCUUUUGUAUUCAAACCAUUGUGAUUUAAGUAUACCAUGUUCCAAUUUUCUUGGGGCACUCAAUCUCAUCUUCAAGCCGAAACACGUUUUGAUAAUAAAAAAAAAAAA